CUUACCUGCAGCCUAUGACUCUGCUGGGCAGCACAGCACGGGCUGCAGCGUGUCACCUGAGUUGGGAGACAGGAGCAUGGAGAAGGCCUUGGAGGAAGGGAAGUUGCGGGAGGUCUCUGUGGUCAGGGAGACCCUGGAGGUAGCGUGCAGUGCUAAGGUGAGCGUUGCGGUGACAGGGGACUCCGGCAAUGGCAUGUCCCCCUUCGUCAAUGUGCUGAGGGGCCUCGGGCACGAGGAGGAGACCUCAGCUCCCACUGGGGUGGUGAGGACCACCCAGAGUCCCACCAGCUACUCAUCCUCCUGCCUUCCCAAUGUGAUGCCGUGGGACCUUCCCAGCAUGGGGGCUGCUGCGCAAAGCCUGGAGAACCAUCUGGGGGAGAUGCCGUUCAGCCAAACCUCUUUAUCAUCACGGCAUCCGAGCAAGUUAAGCAUGAAUCACGUGAGACUCGCCAAAACCAUCCAAGGCCUGGGAAAGAGGUUCUCCAUCGUGUGGGCCAAGCUGGAUAGGGACCUGAGCACGAGUAUCCUCUCAGAGGACCAGCUUCUGCAGAACAUCCGGGGGUAUAUCAGGGAAAAUCUCCAGAAGAGGGGGAUAUGUGAACCCCCCACAUUCCUGGUGUCCAACCUCGAACCUUCAUUGCAUGACUUCCCAGAGCUGAGAGACACAUUGUGGUUGUGCAGUGACCUCUCUGACAUCAGGCCACCAGGCCUUAAAAAACUGUCCCACACCUGCGAGAACAUCAUUAACAACAAAGUGGCCUCUCUGCAGGAGAAAAUGGCCUCAAAGCCUUUCCCAGGACCAGGCAUCCAGGACUCAGAUGACUUGGGGAAGUGUCAAGCCUACCGCCUGUUCUUUGGGGUGAAUGAUGAGUCUCUCCAGCAGGUGGCCCAGACCCUGGGGACUUCCUUGGAGGAGUACAGGGCUGCCAUGAAGUCCCAAGAUCUGCUCACUGUCCUCUCAGAAAAGUGGACACCUCCUUCGAUGUAUUAUAAGGCAGCCUCUUCUUUACAUUCAGUCCUUAAUUACUUCUGGCUCUUGGGUGACCCUGUUGCCCAGCACCUCAGAGAGGGGAGACACCGAUACCUCCUUGAAGGAGUUGCCAAGGACACCAAGAACAUCCUGAGGGAUGUCCUGACAGACUCCACUGUCUGAAGAGCUGGCGGUUCUGCAGGCGGCUUCUUGGGUGAAUCAGGGCGUCUGG